AUGCACUCGUCCCUGACGAAUCCACCUAAAGAGAAGUAUCCACGUACAUUUUCAGAAGCUGUGAUUAGUGAAUGGUUUUCAAAGACUAUGGCUAUUUUCAAGAAGGUGGUUCGAUAUAAAUUCAUCAUUGGAUUGUUAAUGAGUUUCAUUUGCAUUCAACAUUUUCGUGGAUUUACUAAAGAACCUCUUGAAUCGAACAGAUUGUACCACAUAAGGUACACGAGAAAGGAAGACGAACUAUGUGUACUAUUUAAUCAACCAAUGGAAGUAUUCAGUGAAAUAAAGAAGUUUGCAGGCAUUCAUCAAGUCUAUCAAGCUUAUCACGAACGGUCUGUAGAGUCUAAGAUUAACAGUAUUUUAACAGCAAUAGAACAUGGCACAUCCUGGAUUUAUUACUCAUCAAUUACAGAAGAUAUCAACCCUAUAUUACAGAAAUUCAAUUUUCAACCAGAAUCUUCUGGUAUGAUUUAUACUGGACCGUCGAAAUCCACCGUCGACUUUCAUUUUAUACCCCGUGAUUUUAAUCCUAAAUCUGAUUAUAAAAGACAAUAUAUGUACAGUAAAUAUCCUACAUCAUUGAUACAAACUAUUUUUAAAGCUACUUCUGAUAAGGGUAAUAUAGAUUAUAAAGCACCUCACAUUACAGUUUCUACUAAAACAUUACCAUAUUUUAAUCAAGUUAAUACAUUAUAUUCUUAUUCUACAUUCUGGGCUUUGAUUCCUCUUGAUAUUCAUCCUUAUAUUUUGUCAAUAUGGACUGGUAAAUUAUUAGAAUUACUUGAUAAUUAUAUUACUUAUUAUUCACCAUUAUCAUCAACUUCAUUAUCAUACCUACAUUAUCCUUUAAAUUCUGAUAUUUAUACACAAUUAUCUUUACUUCAAUCUUGGCAAUGUGAUGAUAAAUUAACAUUUUUUACUUGUUUAAUUGAUUGGAGUGAAUAUUUAAAAGAAAGGGAUAUUUUAAGUGCAAAACAAGUUGAGUUUAUUUAUAAAUGGAUGGCUCAAUUAGCGAUUAGUGGCUACACAGAACCUAGUAGAAAUUAUAAUAAACAAGGAAUGAUACCUAUAAAUGCUGCAAGAUUUUGGCCAUCAAGAGGUCCAGCGUCAGUUAAAGAUAUCAAAACAGUUUUUAAUGGAACAUGUUCUAAGUUUAAGAAUGGUUGUGACGCUGUCCCAAGUGGUAAAAUGGUGUUUAAUGACAUUCUUCUAAUUAUUAAUAUCAACAUGCCUGGAUUUUAUAAAGUUAUAGAUACUACAGAGACAAUUUACAAAUCACACUUCCCACAACGAUUGUACUGUGGAUCAAAUAUGACUGAUUUUGUUUUAACGCUGCCCAAUCUGAAAAACAAGGAUGUUACCUUUCUGGACACAGAUUUCUUUCAUGGAAUGUUUGCCUACAGGUGUGUGGAAAGAGCUUACAAAAUGGGUUAUAAGUUCCAAGGCGUACUCUCUAUAAUGGAUGACUUGGUACUUAACAUUUGGAAUCUCAAACAUUUACCUUUAAAUCGUUUCUGGUUUCAGAAAAAUAUGCGAGUAGCUCAAUUGGGUUCGCAGAAUGUUACUGAUAUUGCUGAUGGUCCAUUUUGGAAACCGUGGAUGUACACUGUUGGAGGUCGCACAACAGAGUUACACAUAAAUAAACUAAAAGAAUAUAGCAAAGAAAAUACCAAAUAUAAAAAGACAAUCGAUGCUUUCUUACAAACAUUAGCCAAAAAUGCUGGCGGAAAGGAUAAGGUCUUCUAUGAAUGUUCAGAUUUUUAUUAUGUUCCAUUGAAACAUAUGGAGAAAUUUGCUUUCAUUGCCAAUUUAUGGACUGAUAGUAGAAUGCAUUUAGAAAUCUUUAUACCGACAGUAUUUAAUGCUAUUGUGCCACAAAACGAAAUAGUAAAAGUUUCCGGUACUUAUCUGUGGAAAACCGAUCGAUUGCGUUUCAAAGAUUAUUAUAAACAAAGUGAUACAUUUUUACAUCCACUUAAAUUAUCACGAUGUGCACAAAAUCCCAAAUGUUAUACAUUUUUUUGUGAAAAAUAUUUAUCAUGUUGGAAGAAAAUGUAAAUAUUAAUAUAAUUAUUUCAUGCAAUCAAAUUGCACAUCCUAUUUUCGCCUGAUCAAGAAUUAUUCAAAAUGAAUAUUUUAAUGUAUAAAAAUGCAGAAUUACAUGUCCGAACAAUCGAUAUUUAUACCCCGCCAGAUGAAUUAAUUAAAAGGUGAUUUAGUGGUGGAAGUUCAACGUUCCGCUCUAAUAGAAAACCUAUUCUAAAUUAACUGUAUGCAUAUUCCUUAAUCAAAAAUUCGCUGAUGCUCGUUUAUUGUUUUGUCAUUGUGUUUUUUUUGUAAUUGCCAAUAAAAGGGAUAAAUUUGAACUUCUUCCC